CAACAAGUGGUGGAACUGGAAAGGCCGGCACCGAGUUCAUAUCUGUCAAGAAACUUAGAUUGUACCUGGAAUGGCCGAAAUGGAGAUAUCAAUGCCCCUGCCUCAAAUCUAUGUAGAAAAAACUCUGGCAAUUAUCAAACCCGAUAUUGUUGACAAAGAGGAGGAGAUACAGGAUAUCAUUCUCAGAUCUGGAUUCACCAUUGUUCAGAGAAGAAAACUACGUCUCAGCCCUGAGCACUGCAGUAACUUUUAUGUGGAACAGUAUGGGAAAAUGUUUUUCCCAAAUUUAACAGCUUACAUGAGUUCUGGACCACUGGUUGCCAUGAUAUUAGCUAGACACAAUGCCAUCUCUUACUGGAAAGAACUUUUGGGACCAAGUAAUAGUUUGGUAGCUAAGGAGACACACCCAGACAGUCUAAGGGCAAUUUAUGGCACAGACGACCUCAGGAAUGCACUGCACGGGAGUAAAGACUUUGCUGCAGCAGAAAGAGAAAUUCGUUUCAUGUUUCCUAAAGUGAUUAUUGAGCCCAUUCCAAUUGGACAAGCUGCUAAGGAUUAUUUAAAUUUAUAUAUAACACCAACUCUGCUUGAAGGACUCACAGAGCUUUGUAAGCAAAAACCAACGGAUCCUUUUAUUUGGCUAGCUGAUUGGCUGCUGAAAAAUAAUCCCAACAAACCUAAACUUUAUCAUCAUCAAAUUGGCAAAGAGUUCUAGCCUCUGCCAAAGAAUAGGUCAUGAGUUAUCUUACUGCAAUGCAUGAUGACCUGGAUUUGAUUAAGGGUUUAAGUAACUAUAUGUGAAAUAAAUUAUUUCUUAAAAAUAAAUGUUAAAGGAAUAACCAUUCUAUAUAACAGAUAACAUUAUCUAGGGUAAAAUAUGGACUUAGUGUACAAACUUAACAAUGAUGUAAUAUUUUGGAGAGUAGUGGUGCAUGCCUAAAAUCCUGGGAUCCUGGGAGGCUGAGACAAGAGGAUCAAAAGUUCAA